ACAAACACACAUGUCCUUUUUUAUCGUUCUUUCCAUUUGCCACAGCCCAGCCGUAGAUUGGUUUUCUUGAUUUGCAUAAUGAAUCUGAUGUGUCACUUUAAAUGCCAACGGCAAAUAAGUAUGUUGUUUCAUUUUCGUGUAGCGAAAUAUCAGGUUUACUACAACUAACUGUGGACAUUCGUCUACAUAUAAAGAAGCACGUUUUUGUUGCUUGUCUCCUCAAGUGUUCAUUAACUGUUUUGGAUGGAACUGGCUAACAAGUUUGACUAACCUAACCUAAUGAGGGAAUACAUAACCAUAUGGCAAUGUAGCUGUUGUGACAGGUUAUGCUGUAGCUCUGGUUUGAAAUCAAGGAGUCUGCAACAUGUUCAACUAUUAUUUUGAAGUAUUUAAAGGUCAACACUGUGCCACAAACAUUUCAUAAUGAAUUUAGCCAUUCGUCUCCACAACAAUCAUAAUAUUGCCACUUAGGGAACCAAUACUACUUCUUCCCCAGCAGACCAUUCUGAAAAAUUGUAUAGCAUAACACCUGAAUAUCAUCUAAGAUGAAAUAUUUGUCUGAAUUGUACAAUGAAAUCUAUCUACCAGGUCUACUUCUAGCAGUUUUACUUCCAAAAAUUCUCAAGGUGUCAAAGAUAUUAAAAAAGUUGGUACUAGGUAUUGUCAAACAAGUUGCACAACUCAUUCCCAAGCAAACUGGUUCACGAUUAUCGAUCUUCUCCCUGCCUACGCCGCCCAAAUUUAGUUAGAUAAUUCUUCCUUGAUUUUAAAAAGUAAAAUCUACUCUUCUUAAGCAAAAACAUGAUGUCGGAAUGUUUCUAAAGGGUUUCGGUGUGGUUUAAAAACUAUUGUAUGCUCGAUAGUUAAUACGAAUGUUAUCCAUGUAAAUAAAAGACGGACAGAUGGCAUUUGAUAAGAGGUAAUAACCCUAGCAUAAUGUAUAUUCUGUUAGCCGAAAAGCCCGGAUUGACAUUACAGAAUCAGUGGACGCAACGAUUUUUCUAUUUUCUCGCUACCAACUUUUUCUAUUAAAGACACCGGUGUCUGUCGUAGUCAUGGAAGAUUGUGAUUUGUUAAGCAGUUCCGUUUAAAUCUCAGUCUUUAAUGUCGUGUAUCCUAUAUCGCAUGUAACUUGUUAACAUGUUAUAGAAAAACAUCAUGGGGUUCAUGGCAGACAGCGCAAUCAUAGUAUCAUACAUAACACAAUUCUUAAUGAAACCGAGUGUGUGGCUCUUCUCUAUAGUUAUGUCAUAGUUCUGUAAAGGUUACUUAAAUUCCCUUAGCCUUCAAGAUUCUACUCAUGCUCUUUCCUAGGCAGUAACAUUUCAAUCUGUUCCAACUUUCGAGGGCAUUUUUUUCAUCUCUGAUGGACUGAUGCCGUCUGUUUAGUCCUACCACUGAUCUGCUACUUUGCAGACGAGUGUGGGAAACAGCUAAAAGCAUUUCAAUUUUCAAUCCUGAAAGUUAAACACUUUUCAUAGAGAAGAAUUCUGUAUAUAUCUCCUGUUAUUACUUAUAACACAUUUUAAACUUAGGAUUACCAAACGACGUAAAGUGACCUACGGUUUAAAGAACAGCUUUCCCAUUUCGUAAGGGCGCCGAAAUGGGAGAGCGAGAUAUCAAAGAGUUCUUGUAUGCCUUUUUGAUGAAAAAUUACAGAAUUCCUCCGGUUUAUGAUGUCAAGUCCCUAGGAGAUCAAAAUGGCUACUACUGUGAAUUACGUGUGAAUGGAUUUCAUUAUGUUGCAACUGGAAGAUCAACUUCAAAAAGGAAUGCUCAAACCAGUGCAGCCAACAGCUUUGUUGCUCAUCUGGUUUACAAGGGAGCCAUAAAAGCAGAAGAGAUUCCCAAUAGAAAUGCCCUAAGCAUAGUGAGACAAAGGGGGCUACAUGCUAGUUCAGGUAAUGAUACUGCUACUAGUGGAAGAUACGUCCACCGAACGGAUGAAGAUUCGCGAUUAGGCAGAGAACCUGCUCCAUUCAGCGUUGGAGGAUAUUCGGCGGAAAAUGCUAAAGCUAAACUGCACCCGUUUCUGAUGGAAAAUAGAAUUCAAACAGAUUAUGUUUACGAAUCUUAUGGCCCGGAUCAUCAUAAGAACUUCUUUGCCGAAAUGAGUUUUAUUUUCCGUGGCAGAGAAAUUUAUGCGCGAGAAAAGGGGUGGACAAAGGCUCUCGCUUCCAAAUCAUGUGCUCUGUCGAUUGUACGACAGUUAUAUGAAAUGAAAUUCAUCGGUCCGUCUGGAACUACAGUUGGUACCAAAAAAAAUCAAGUGGAAACGAAACCUUUUCCCGUAAUUCUUCGCGACGAACUGGAAAAAGAAUUGAAUAAAACAAUCGUGGAGUUUCGCUUAUUACCGAGUAUCGUGAGGAGAAAUUCAAUAGAACCACAAACUCUGUUAGAUGAGCGACUUGCACCGAAAGCGAUGCGCCUCGGGGAUGAAGGGGAUUCACGUUGUAGUUCAAUUGACAUUCCAUGGUCUCCUCCCACUGCCAACUGGAACACCUGGACCGCCAGUACUAUCGAACGCGGAUAUUUCGCGACGGUGUCAAUGAAUACGAUAAGCCAAGACUUGUGGCAAAGGCAAGAGCGUCGCAUACAAUCCGAUGUCAGUCUUCAGAAGGCACUAGAAGAGCGUAAAGCUUUGCCAAUCUACGCCUUCAAAAACGCUGUUAUGGAUGCCCUAUACAACCAUUCGGUCGUCGUAAUCCGCGGCAACACGGGUUCCGGUAAAUCUACACAGGUCUGUCAAUAUAUUCUAGACGACUAUUUACGAUGGAAAGAGGGUGCACAGUGUUCCGUGAUUGUGACACAGCCGCGUAGAAUCUCGGCGAUAUCUGUGGCUGAACGUGUUGCAUCAGAGCGACGCGAGGAGGUGGGCGAAUCUGUUGGUUUCAGUGUCCGGUUUGAAAGUACGUUACCCCGUCCGUAUGGUUCAAUUCUUUUCUGCACCGUUGGGGUACUUCUCCGGAGAUUGGAACGCGGCCUUCAUGGUGUAUCACACGUUAUCGUUGAUGAGGUACACGAGCGUGAUACCAACACUGACUUCUUACUGAUAAUGCUACGGGAUUUGGUGUACCGACAUCCAGAACUUCGAGUCAUUUUAAUGUCAGCCACGAUUGAUACGUCGCUCUUUAGUCGCUACUUUGGCAGGUGCCCAGUAGUCGACAUUCCUGGUAGAGUUCACCCUGUCCAACUGUAUUACUUGGAAGACUGCGUCGAAAUGCUUCGCUUUCGGCCAAGACAAGAAGUUAAAAAAAACUACCAGCGUAAAGAUGAUGAAGAAGAGGAAAAUAUGAAUUUGAAGGUAAUUGGAAAAUAUUCACCCGAAACUAAAAAUACGAUGGCUCUAUUGAAUGAGAAAGAAAUUUGUCUUGAAUUGGUUGAAGAAUUACUUAUUCACAUAAGACAAAUGAAAAUUCCUGGCGCUGUUCUUGUAUUCCUUCCUGGCUGGAGUACCAUUUUCGCAUUGUUACGUCAUUUGCAGCAAAGCCGGUAUGCUAGUGAUUAUCUCCUACUACCAUUGCACUCGAUGUUGCCGCGAGAAGAUCAACGACGUGUUUUUCAACCGGCUCCCGAGCGGAGGAUGAAAGUCAUUUUGGCGACUAACAUCGCCGAGUCUUCCAUAACCAUUGACGAUGUAGUUUUCGUCAUUGAUUCCUGUCUCGCUAAUAUCAAACUGUUUACAUCGCACAACAAUAUGCACAAUUACGCCACCGUUUGGGCUGCUCAAGACAAUUUAGAACAACGACGUGGUCGUGCUGGUCGCGUCCGUCCUGGAUAUGCUUUUCGAUUGUGCAGCUAUAGUCGUUAUCAACAUUUGGAAAAAAGUUUAAAGGCUGAAAUCCUCCGCUCACCGCUUCAUGAAACCGCACUAGCUAUUAAACUUCUUCGUCUCGGCUCAAUCGCUCAUUUCUUAAGUAAAGCUAUAGAGCCACCCCCGAUAGAUGCAAUUAUAGAAGCUGAAGUUAUGCUCAGAGAGAUGAAGUGCCUGGACGCACAGGAAGAACUGACAGCUCUCGGUCGAUUAGUAGCUCGAAUCCCUGUUGAACCAUCUCUCGCCAAAAUGAUUAUUGUUGGAGCACUUUUUGGACACGGUGAUGCAAUGUGCAUUCUUGCUGCUGGCGAGUCCGUCAGUGCUGAUGUUUUCUACCUCGGUCUUAACAAACGACUCAACAAUACUCAGCGAUCAUUCGCCGGUCACCGUUGUUCUGAUCAUGUAGCCAUGCUCUCUGCAUUCUACGCUUACGAUCAAGUACGGAUCGAUUCUGGUCCUCGCUCACUGCAUUCCUUUUGUGACGCAAAUGGCUUGUCAUAUUCCACACUUCGCGCCUUGUAUGAUGCCCGCUGCCAACUUCGUGACAUUCUGCUCAGUUUCGGUUUUCCAAAAUCAUGUUUUACUCCAAAGGCUUAUCGGGUGAACGGUAAUGAUCCUGAAUUAGAUACGGUGAUAGGACUUAUCGGAAUCGGGCAUUACCCCAACAUAUGCGUCCACAGAGAAAAACGAAAAGUACAAAUGGCGGAAGCUCGCUUAGGACCUUCGCUGAUCCAUAAGUCUUCCGUCAACUGCAUCGACUCAUCGGAUGAAAUUGAAUUUCCAUUGCCAUUUUUUGUUUUCAGCGAAAAAAUACGUGCUGGAACAGUCGUUUGCAAGAACGUGACUCUAGUCACACCACUUCAUUUGAUUUUGUUUGGCGCUAAACGGGUUCAGAUCAUUCCAGAAUCAGGAAUGUAUUUAGUACGGCUGGAUGGGUGGAUUAAUCUUCAGAUAAAUCCACAAACCGUGGCAAAUAUGCUGGCUUUGAAACCCGCCCUUGAUGAAAUCAUUGCCAGAUUAUCGGCUGAUCCCGAAUCCGUUACCACCUUUACGCAGAGUCCACUUGUUAACAUGAUCUCCCGAUUGUGUGAAUUUCAUGCCGCCGAAUACCCUAGCUCUCCAGCCAGUCAGAAUUACAAACGUCCGUCAGACGAAGGAUCCGAUAGCGAGGUGAAAUUUGGUCGCUUCGAGAAUCGGGCUGCGUGCUACCGUCCUUCUCUUGUAAGUCAAAAUAAUUCAUCACGGAGGAACGAAUCGACAUAUUCUAAAUCGAAUGCACCUGGAUACGCUGGUCAGCGGGGAGUAAAUGGAAACUGGCGCGCAACUCCUGAGUACGUACGCAAGCAGGAUAGUUUUUAAAAGAGCAAGAAGCGCAACAGAUACGCUUCUCAAAGGGCAACAUCAAGAAAAUGAGCGCCUUGCUGCUGGAAAGAAUCAUUUAACUUUGUGUUUGCUUGAUAACCUUGUGAAACAGAUUUUUCUGUUGAAAUUCAUUUUUGGAUCUCGUUAAACUAAGACAAAAUCUAGUUUACGUUUCUUCAGUACCUCAUAUGAUAUUAAUGCAUGAUUAAGUUCAUUAAGUUAAAGAAGUUGCUGUGUACUAACUUGUGCGAAACUCUCUUACUCAAAUACAACGACCAACCCAGAUUGGUCAAAUAAAACAAA